AUGGAGAUAGAAGCCCUUGAACGGCUUCAGCUCGUCUCGAAAGUAUGCGGCGAAUUGGAAAACCAUUUCGGGAUAGCCGAUAAGGGCGUUGCGGAAUUCAUUAUCGACUUGGCGAGCCAGACCCAGACUUUCGACAAAUUCAAGACAGCGCUGAACGAGCAAGGCCUUGGGGAUCAAUUUGAUGAUCCUUUGAUUGCUAAUCUUCUGCGCAUGAUUCUCCACAUGUUGCCGAAAAAGGAAAAGACCAAGAAGGGCAUCACUCAGACCUCCCAAAAGAUUGUUUUGAUUUCUGAUGCAAAAGAAGAGAUCAAGGCACGACUACCCGCGCUGGCAAUGCCUGACGAGCCGGAAGAAAAGAAAGAUCUGAUGGCCGAGUUCGAAGGGUUGAUGCCAAAAUGGAAAGAUGCUAAAGCAGAUGAAGCCAGCAGGUCGGAGUCAAGGGAUGAUAGCCGCAGAGAUCGACGUGAUCGGAAAAAUGAGGAAAGGCGGUCUAGGAGCAAGGAGCGCGGUAAGCGGGAUCGUGAUCGGGAGAGAGAUCGCGAUCGGGACAGAGACCGCGAUCGGGAUCGACGCCGUGACAGGGAUCGCGACGACCGACGCGGCCGUGAUAAAGAUGACGAUCGUAGACGUAGACGAAGCCGUUCCCGUUCAAAAGGACGUGGUCGAGAAAGGAAUCUUCCCGAUGUCUGUGAAGUGGGAAUGAUCCUGGAUGGCCGGGUCAACAACCUGACAACGUUUGGCGCUUUCGUUAAGCUGGAAGGUUUGCGCCAGAGCCAAGAAGGACUUGUUCACAUCUCGCAGAUCCGCAAUGAACGGGUCAAUGCCGUCGCUGAUGCUCUGCAGAGGAAUCAACGAGUGAAAGUCAAAGUGCUGAAGAUUGAAGGGCCCAAAUUGUCUCUUUCAAUGAAAGAAGUCGAUCAAAAUACUGGUGAAGACUUGAAUCCGAAGGAAAUGAUAAACCCUGAUGCCAUCGGCGUUUCGUUGAGAAAUCCGGAAGCUCCAGUUCGUGAAGAUCCUGAGGAUUCAGCUAAUGCGAGUACUGCAAAGAAAGCACGGGUUCGGCUUUCGACGCCCGAGCGAUGGGAGCUCCAACAAAUGGCCGGUGGUGGUGCCAUAUCUCACAUGGAAAUGCCGGACUUCGAUGAGGACAGCGGCAUUUUGAAAAAUUAUGACGAUGAAUCAGAUGGCGAGGAUUUGGAGAUCGAACUUGUCGAAGACGAACCUGAUUUCUUGAAGGGCUACGGCAAACAUUCUUCGGAAGUGGAGGCCGUGAAGGUUGUGAAAAAUCCGGACGGAAGCUUGGCACAAGCGGCUAUUAUGCAGGGUGCUUUGUCGAAGGAGCGGCGUGAGACGAAAGUUCAAGCGCAGCGGAAGAGGGAUCAAGAUGACCCUGGGACCGUGCGUGAAACGAAAACCCGAAUCUUGGAUCCUAUGCAGAGGGUUGGCUACGAGGAUCGGGGUGAGGAAAGGCAGCGCGGUGUGCAGAAGGACAUGCCCGAAUGGAUGAAGUAUGUUACGCAAGGUGGAAAGGCGACGUACGGAAAGCGCACGAACCUGACAAUCAAGGAACAACGUGAAAGCCUUCCCAUCUUCAACUUCAAAGAGGAGCUUAUUAAGGCCGUAUAUGAUCAUCCUAUGCUGGUCGUAGUUGGUGAAACUGGUUCGGGAAAGACGACGCAAAUGACGCAAUACAUGGUUGAAGCCGGCUUUUCUCGGCGAGGGCGAAUCGGGUGUACUCAACCAAGACGUGUUGCUGCAAUGUCCGUUGCUAAGCGCGUGGCUGAAGAGAUGGGUGUUAAACUGGGCCAAGAGGUCGGCUACACCAUUCGUUUUGAGGACUGUACCAGUCCCGAUACGAUCAUCAAAUACAUGACGGAUGGUAUGCUGCUCCGUGAAUGCCUAGUUGAUCCUGACCUAUCGUCUUACUCCCUUAUUAUGCUUGAUGAGGCUCACGAACGGACGAUCCAUACCGAUGUUCUCUUUGGCUUGCUAAAGAAAGCAGCCAGGAGACGCAAGGGACUCAAGCUCAUUAUCACUUCGGCUACACUGGAUUCCGUGAAAUUCUCCGAAUAUUUCUGCGAGGCGCCGAUCUUCACGAUCCCUGGCCGUACCUUCCCUGUCGAGAUUUUAUAUACGAAAGAGCCUGAGCCGGACUAUAUGGAAGCGGCGUUGAUUACCGUGAUGCAAAUCCAUCUUACCGAGCCUCCUGGUGACGUUCUCGUCUUCUUGACCGGUCAGGAAGAAAUCGAUACCGCAUCUGAAGUGCUAUACGAACGCAUGAAGUCAUUGGGUAGCAAGGUUCCUGAGUUGAUCAUCCUGCCCGUCUACGGUGCUUUGCCAUCUGAAAUGCAGACGCGUAUCUUCGAUCCGGCUCCACCUGGAAAGCGAAAAUGCGUCAUUGCGACCAAUAUCGCUGAAGCCUCCCUGACUAUCGAUGGAAUCUAUUAUGUGGUCGAUCCUGGAUUCGUAAAACAGAAGAUCUACAAUCCUAAGAGCGGGAUGGAUUCUCUGACGGUCACACCGAUCUCUCAAGCUGCCGCAAAACAAAGGGCUGGACGUGCUGGUCGAACGGGUCCAGGAAAAUGUUAUCGCCUCUAUACCGAACGUGCAUACAGGGAUGAAAUGUUACCGAUGCCGGUGCCAGAAAUCCAAAGAACUAACUUGGCUGCUACGUUACUUCAAUUAAAGGCUAUGGGAAUUAACAACUUGAUCGACUUCGAUUUUAUGGACCCGCCUCCUCUAGAUGCCAUGCUAACCGCGCUCAACGAGCUGCACACCCUUUCGGCUCUGGAUAACGACGGACUGUUGACGCGUUUGGGACGGCGGAUGGCCGAAUUUCCGUUGGAGCCCUCGUUGGCUAAGUUAUUGAUCAUGUCGGUGGAUCUGCAAUGUUCGGAUGAAGUUUUGACGAUCGUUAGCAUGCUCUCCGCGCAGAACGUCUUUUACAGACCGAAGGAGAAAGCGGAGUUGGCCGACCAGAAGAAGGCCAAAUUCCAUCAACCUGAAGGCGAUCACGUGACGGCACUAGCUGUCUACAAUUCUUGGAAGUCACACCAUUAUUCACAGCCCUGGUGUUUCGAAAACUUCAUUCAAGCAAGGGCACUGAAACGGGCACAAGAUAUUAGGAAGCAGCUACUUGGCAUUAUGGACAGGCACAAGCUUGAUGUCGUCUCCUGUGGGCGGGAUGUUCAACGUGUCCAAAAAGCGAUCUGCUCUGGUUUCUUCAGGAAUGCCGCCAAGCGUGACCCUCAAGAAGGCUAUCGUACAUUGGUCGAUGGACAACAAGUAUAUAUCCAUCCGUCGUCUUCGCUCUUCCAAAAUCAGCCUCAAUGGGUGUGCUACCAUGAAUUGGUGAUGACCAGUAAGGAAUAUAUGCGCGAGGUGACAGCAAUCGAUCCCCGUUGGUUGGUUGAAUAUGCGCCGUCGUUCUUCAAGUUUGGCGACAACACGAAGCUCUCCAACUUCAAGAGGAACCAAACGAUCGAUCCGCUGUUCAACAAAUUCCAGGAUCCAAACGAGUGGCGUAUUUCGCGUGUCAAGAAGAGGAUUUACAAUCCGAAUCGC